CAAUUACCCUUAUCUAACUGUGUAAAAUUUAAAUUCCGACUAAAAUUGAGCAAGAAAUCGUCCGUUAAAGAUUAAGAGGGAAAAAUUAAAGACAUUCCAGGAGAGAGAAGAGGCGCUGAUACUACGGAUUGUGAUUGGAUUAUGCAUGGUUAUACACCACAAGAUCAUGCAUGACAUAUUGACAUCCAUUCCCGGUAAACUACUUUCAUAUGUUACAAUAGUGACAAAAAGGAGAGCUAAUUAUUAUGGAAGUUUUUCAUUCAUGUUUACAACAUCAUAUUAUGUUGUAUUUACCAUUAUCAUAAAUUUCUCUUAUAGUGUAAGAAAUACUAAUUAUUGUCUAACUAAUUAUUUUCUAAUUAUUUCUUUGAAAAUGUUGAAAACAAAUUUUGUGUGGAAAAUCCUUUCUCACAUUUGGCAAAAGUUUGCAAAUUAUUGGAAGAAAACACCAGAAUCUCUCGGAUAUUGCAAUUGUCAACACAGUUAGGCUGCUGCAUGGGUAGGAAAAGCCCCUUUCUUUGGCUUUGGCCAAUAACUUGGCAAACAAAAGAUGCUACCUAGCUAUAGCUUCUUCAAUUUCCAACAAACCAGAAAAUUUCGUACUUAUGAGAUCCCUUUGCAAACCCUUUUUUUUUUUUAUAACUUGUGUCAUGUUUGUGUUUCUUCGCCACUACGGCUCGUAGUCUCCCCUUUCCCGCACAUUUUUACGGCCUUUCUCAUUAUAGUUGUCAAACCAGCGGGUACAAUUGGGUUCAACCGGUAUUGAAUAAAAAUCAGUUGGAAUUUCACUGGUAUGAAGCGGUAGUCAUAUCCAGUUAAAAGCAUGAUGAAUAAUUCUCAAUUGGCUUGCAAUUUAAUAUUUUUUUAAAUAUGAAUGAAUAUUAUAGGUAGAUUGUCUUAAAAUAGAUUGUAUAAAUGCACAAUUCAUUUGAUGUUAAUCGUUUUUCACUUCCUCAUAUGUUUUGUCAAAACCGGCAUAGAAACUAGUUGUGUCCCCAUCGGAGCAUGCUAAACCGAUUUAGCAACCGUGUUCCUAACUCCACAGAACUUCAUGUUCCCAUGUGUUUCAAUUCCACGUAGGAUAUAUUAGGGUAAUUAAGCUCAGGCCUUGAUAACCACACUUAGUUUCGUUUAGACUUCAGGAUUACUGACAACGAUUGUGUUCUCGAACUGUCAAGUCAUUAUCAAGGCCCUCCUAUGCCGAAAUUCGAUAUGACCGGAUAAGCGAUGGGUUGGAUUUAUUGUUGCAUUUUGAGUAUGUGAUAUUUGAGUCUUCAAAAUAUAUUACCAUAUACCGUCUGUUUUUUUUAUACAUUAACGAAAGAAAAUUACAAUAUCAAACUUGUCAACCAGUUAUUUCAUUAACCCAAACCCCUUCACAUUCAAAAGGGUGAAAACAAGAUAUAUCUCGAGUUUUGGUUUCGAAAAAAGAGUGUUUAACAACCUUUUGUAUCUAAAACUUGUUAUAAGAGUAACAAAUUGUACUACGGUUAAAGAAUCAAGUAGUUCAAUUAACUCAAUUUGUCGAGAGAAAUUCAAGAAAACGGUAUACUCUCCCCUUCUAGUUCUUAAAGCUAGUUUACAAACUUUGAAGCCUUCCCCACCAUAUUAUACCAUGCGCAAAUAGAACCAUACUUUUCCAUGAACAUGUCGUUUUCAAAUGAGCUCCCACACACACAUCCAUCCUUCUUUCUCUUAGCUAGAAUAUGUACGUCCCAAUCUCAUUUUCCUAUCUCUUUCCUCCAAAACAAAAACAAAGAUUCCCUACGGUAGGAGGCAGCUUGAUGGAGGCUUCUCUAAUCCUAAUUAGCUGGUUUUUGUUGUUGAUAUGUGUAUAGAUUUGAAGAUUCCUUAAGAGAUUUAUACUAAGGAACCACCUUCUAUAUAUCUUCUUCUUUUCCUUUACUAAUCCAUUGCUCAAGAUGCCAACUUUCUGAAUUCCACACUUACAGAUAGGAUAACUGAGCACGGAAGAAAAAGAUUAAAAGAGUUUGUUCUGAUACACGUUAUUAAAUCGGGACAUAUAUAGCGUACGUGAACAUAUCGAAAGUAACGAAACACACAUAAUUCUUCUAACAUGUUAUGGAUGUGAACUUCUUUUUUUUUUUUACGAAUAUGUAACUUAGCUAUCUAGUUUUUUCAUUAUGAAGAUUUCGACAUAGAAUCUUUCUAUUGUCGUCGAAAAGCUCUUUCAGUAGUCUAUGAUGAGGAAAAAAUGAACUUUAGAUCGCGGAUCAGGAACCUUCUAGUCUUCUCUAAUCAAAACCAUUCGCUGCAACAAUCGAUUCCACAUACCAUAUAUGGAAAGAGCUUUAGUGGCCUAACAAUGACACCCAAAUCAAAAGAGACAAAGAACAAAAACACAUAAGAGCUAUAGAUUCCCCCCCUUCCUCCAAUCUUCUCAUCAAGACUAAUACCAAAAGACACAAAGCAUUCAAUAUACUACCCUAUCAUCCCCAUUCUCCCUCUCACAAAGAGUGAUGGGAACAUCAUUUCUACCUCACAAGUCACAACCAAACAACCCCUUAGCUAAAAAAAAAAAAUCCCAUUUCCCAUCCUCCAGGACUUUCCAUUCUCCACAUCAUAAAAAUUCAAUGCAUCCAUCCAUCCAUCCAACCAAACAUGCCCUUAAAUCAAAUAUUUUAUAAUAUAUAACAAUCUUAAUUCUCCUCAUCCUACGUGGAACACACAAUUCCCUCCCCUAUAAAUAUCCUCCCUCCCUUUCCCCAAACUCAUCUCUCCUAUAACUCUCACAACUACAAACUCAAGUUUGGGGUUCUAAGAGCGAAACGACGUAGCUUUCUUCGAUGUCGGGGGUGUGGGUGUUCAAGAACGGCGUGGUGCGGCUGGUGGAGAACCCGGCGAGCGAGUCGGCGGCGGGGGCGCGUGGGAGGAAGGUGCUGGUGCACGCGCCGAGCAACGAGGUGAUCACGUCGUACGCGGUGCUGGAGCGGAAGCUGUCGGAGCUCGGGUGGGAGAGGUACUACGACGACCCGGAGCUGCUACAGUUCCACAAGAGGUCUACCGUCCACCUCAUUAGCCUCCCCAGGGACUUCAACAGGCUCAAGUCCAUGCACAUGUACGACAUCGUCGUCAAGAACCGCAACAUGUUCGAGGUCCGCGACCUCUAGAGGGUUCGUGUGUGUUUCGUGUCAACUGAUCGACGAUCGAUGAUCAGUUGGCGCGAAAUCGAUCCAUCUCUCGACUCUCCUCCACCGUGCUCCUUUUUUUUUCUUCUUCUUCCCCUUCUUCCUGUUGGUAUUUGGUUUGGAUUGAAUCGUCAGUGUAUUUGUGCUUGAAUUUCUUCUUCUUCUUUCUUUCUUGGAUUCAGGGUGGGAUUUCAAUUCAUGGUUUAAGGUUUGUAGUAGGAGUAGUGGUCUAAUGUAAGAUGUGCAAUGGGUUUUUGUUGUUAAUUGUGGGGUUUUGUCAUUUUAGCAAAGGUGUGAUGUUGUGAAUGAAAAAAAAAAAAUCUAAUGUUUGUUUCUGCUCUAGUUUGUCUCUUUUUCCUUUCUCUUAUGUUUGAUGAUCAAUGACUCGAGUAAUUAAAACGAGAAAAUUUCGUAUAUGAUGUCAAACUCAUCCCGAAAACACUUGUAAAACAAAGGAAUCAGCCAUAAUCUCCACCGAAACUUAGUUUCAUUGUGACGAUCAACUAUGACUACAUACAACCUACACUGAACACGUUCGUACCAAUCUACGUGUGCGUAUAUAUUUUCUAUACGGAAUUGAUUAGCUAAUAGUUACCACCUGAAUGAAUAUGUACCUUUGUAUGUGUGAUUGUGUCUGUGUGUGCAUAUAAGGAAAGAGUCCGGCAAGGCCAGCUAGGUGAUGAAUGAGACAAGUCCUAUAGCAAUUUGCUAUUAGGUUUUCUUUCUUUCUUUUUUUUGGUUUUCUUUCUUUGAAAAGAAGAAGAAGUGAAUAUUGAAUUGAAUAGCUGUAGGCAGGGGGAGUUGCAUUAUUAUUUGAUUGGAUUUAUCAUUUGGAGAUGGGAUGUGUGGUUGGGAUCCCAUUGAUGAUUCUCUCUUCCAAAGUAGUACUGCUUUUGCCCAAAUGGAAACCUUUCCCAAAAAUGGAAUUUAGAAGUGACAUAUAUAUUUGUACGCAUGAUAAAUUGCCCUUGACAGACCCACAAUUUUCCCAGAUUACUUGUGGCUAGGUUUUUUCACAAAAUUUUCUUCAUGUGGGGAUUGAUUUGAUGUAUCAGUAAGGUGAAUUAUUGAUCUCUAGGGGCAUCCUCUUUUACUGUUACGAUAGUACCAGGGUGAGAUUUUGUUACGGUGACAUUAAAUAGGUAUCAAUAAAAUGGUCAUAGUACAAGCAGAAGAAGUAAUUUGCUCAAAUUCUUCAAAUUUGCUCAAAGUCAAGAUACAUAGUUUCUCGAUAAACAAACCAAGAAAAAUUUUUUUUUUGGUGCUUGAGGGAUGGGGAUUGAUUUUAGAGUGUUUGAUAUAUAUGUUCAAUUAUGGAUCUUAUACUAUUUAUUAAUACAUAAUCAAAGAAAAA